GCUCUGAAACAAAAAGAUGAAGAACUGAAAUCAGUCAGAAUCAGAAUGACUGAGAUGGAAAGAUUAAACCAAGAGAAGCUUCAUGAGGCAAGAUCUGCCCUGAAACAAAAAGAGGAAGAACUGAAAUCAGUCAGAGACAGUUUGACAGACAUGGAAAGAUUGUACCAAAACAAUCUUCAUUGGGCCAGAUCUUCUCUGAAACAAAAAGAGGAAGAACUGAAAUCAGUCAAAAACAGAAUGACUGAGAUGGAAAGAUUAAACCAAGAGAAACUUCAUGAGGCAAGAUCUGCUCUGAAACAAAAAGAUGAAGAACUGAAAUUAGUCAGAGACAGGCUUAGGAAUGAAGAAACCAUGAAAUCCAGCUGCCGACGAUGUGAACAACAUGAAUGUGAACACAAAGAAAGCAUGACUGAGAUGGAAACAUUUUACAAAGAGAAACUUCAUGAGGCAAGAUCUUCUCUGAAACAAAAAGAGGAAGAACUGAAAUCAGUCAAAGACAGGAAAAGGCUUAGGAAUGAAGAAACCAUGAAACCCAGCUGCCGACGGUGUGAACAACAUGAACGUGAACACAAAGAAAGAAUGACUGAAAUGGAAACAUUUUACAAAGAGAAACUUCAUGAGGCAAGAUCUAGUCUGAACCAAAAGGAAAAGGAGCUGAAAUCAUUCAAAGACAGAGUGGCAGCAGACCUGUCUCUUUCAAUAAAGACAGGAGACACUGAGAGCAUGAACAACCCAGUCAGUAAAACCAAACUGACAGAGAUGUAUAACAAACUGAAACUGCUGCAGUGGCCUAAAAUCAAAGAUCAUCUGAAAUCUAAUGCUGUGAGCAGAGAGUUUACCAGAGAUCUGACUCAGAAAAUGUUUAGAGAUGCAGCAGAAGAAAUGGAGAGAAAGAAGAAGCAGAUAGAUGAAGUGUUUGGACUGAUUGAGAACAGCAGUGGACUAACACCUCAGAAGGUCAAAGAGUUCAGACAGUUAACAAUUCACAGUCUUCAGAUGAAUCUGUACCACAGCAGGAAAGAAGAUCUUCUUCAGAGUCCUUUCCUACAACAUGGAGCUCAGUACCACCAGAAUGUGAUGGAGAACUUCAGACUUCUGGCCUCUGAAUGCUACUGGUUGGGUUGUUUGAUGGCUUUAAACAAUCCUCCUCUUCAGCCGGACUGGGAGAAUCAUGUUCCUGGGCUGGACGCCUGGGACAUUUUCCCACGAGACAUCAAGUCUGCUUCUGCCAUGAAGAGGAGGCAAUGAAGUCAGCAAUGAUGAGAAAACCUGAGUGUUUGUCAGGGAUCAAACAUUACUAUUUGCUAAGUUUUCAUUUGUGUGAAUGAAGAAUUUUGCUAGAUUAGUUCAGAUUAACUAAAUCUGAUUAUUUAAAGCCUUAUGUGCAGAAUUCAUAUCUUAAUGCUGAUUAUGUGUCUGUAAACAAAAUUUAUUUUUGAACAUAAGUUGAAUUAUAAUUAAGUCUGUUGGAA